CACUCACUCUCUCUCUCUCCUUCUAUUUUCCCAUCCUUGUCCUUCCAAGUCGUAAUUCCUAACCUCCACUUUAUUGCUAUUUCAGUUUCAAUCCCUCUCUGGCUCUUCUCCUUGAUCGUUGAAUUAUUGGGUGAGACUUGUGUUUCUUUUCCCUUGACCGAGUAGAGUUCAUGCCCAUGAACCUCUAUUAUGGAAUGGGCCGCAAUAAUAUUAUUUUGCUGCGUAUUUCAUGAGAUUAAGUUAUCAAUUCAGUACAAAUAGAUGAUGGGGGGAAUUUGUUCGAGGAAGAGAAACCAACCAGUCAUCGAAGAUGGCAUCCAUAGAGCCGCGGCUGGAAGAAGUGGCAGUUCAAAAUGGCUGGGACCUUCAUCUUUGCGACCUACUGUAGAACAGUCUUCAGGAGGAGCAGGCAUUUGCCCAUCUCUCUUGGAAUUAUGCAUUUGUAAAAUAUGCCAGGACAUUGAAAAAUACAGUUCGCUUUCAAUGCUACCAAGGGAUGUUAGCCAACAGAUCUUCAACGAAUUGGUCUCCUCCCAUUCUCUUACUGAAGUUUCUCUUAAAGCUUUUAGGGAUUGCGCUCUCGAGGAUAUUGGUUUGGGUGAAUUCCCUGAUGUGAAAGACAGUUGGAUGGAUGUCAUCUCUUCACAAGGUUCAUCAUUACUUUCUGUUGAUCUUUCUAGUUCUCAGGUGACAGAUUCUGGAUUGGCUCUUCUCAAAGACUGCUCAAACCUCCAAGCAUUAACUUAUAAUUACUGUGACCAUGUGUCAGAACGUGGACUUAAACACAUAAGUGGUCUGUCGAACCUGAAAUCUUUGAGUUUUAAAAGGAGCAGUGCAAUAAGUGCUGAAGGGAUGCGUGCCUUCUCCGGCUUAUUUAACUUGGAAAAGUUGGACCUGGAGAGGUGUCAAGAAAUUCAUGGUGGAUUUGUUCAUCUUAAAGAUUUGAUGAAGCUAAAGUCUCUUAAUGUUAGAUGUUGUAAUUGCAUCACGGAUUCUGAUUUGAAGACCAUCUCAGGGCUUACUGAACUGAAUGAGUUGCAGUUAUCCAACUGUAACAUUACUGAUACUGGUGUUUCUUAUUUGAAAGGCUUGCACAAGCUUAGAAUGCUGAAUUUAGAAGGAUGCAAUGUUAUUACUGCCUCAUGUCUGGAGUCUAUUUCAGCUCUUGUUGCCCUGUCUUACUUAAAUCUCAACAGAUGCGAACUAUCUGAUGAAGGAUGCGAUAAGCUUUUGGGACUUAUGAACUUGAAGGUUUUGAGCUUUGGAUUCAACAAUAUCACAGAUGCAUGUUUGAUGCAUCUAAAAGGUUUAACGAAUUUGGAGAGCUUGAACCUGGAUUCCUGUAAGAUAGGUGAUGAGGGGCUUGCUAAUUUGGCAGGUCUGACACUCUUGAAGAACUUGGAGCUAUCUGAUACUGAAGUUGGAAGCAAUGGGCUUCGUCAUCUCUCAGGUUUGACAAAUCUCCAAAAUUUGAACUUGUCGUUCACCCAAGUAACUGACAGUGGCUUGAAAAAGUUAUCUGGACUGACAUCUCUCAAAUCAAUUAAUCUGGACGCUCGGCAGAUUACUGAUGCUGGACUUGCAGUUAUUACAAGUCUUACAGGAUUGACACACCUCGACCUUUUUGGUGCACGCAUUUCGGAUUCUGGAGCAAACUGUUUAAAAUACUUCAAGAAUCUUCAAUCUCUUGAAAUAUGUGGUGGAGGACUGACUGAUGCUGGUGUAAAGAAUAUCAAAGAUCUUGUCGGUCUGACAUGGCUAAAUUUGUCACAGAACUGCAACUUGACGGAUAAAUCCUUGGAAUUGAUUUCUGGACUGACUGCAUUGGUGUCAUUGAAUGUUUCAAAUUCUCGCAUUACAAACGAGGGGUUGCAGUAUUUAAAGCCAUUGAAUAAUUUACGUUCACUGACCUUGGAGUCUUGCAAGGUGACUGCAUCUGAAAUCAGGAAGCUUCAGUCUGCUGCCCUGCCUAAUCUGGUCAGCUUUCGGCCAGUAUAGAUGGGUUGGAUGGUUUACAAGAGAAGAUACUAUGUAAAUAGCCUUGCUAUCUGCUUGGAUAGCUCUGUGUACAGGUAAAUAACUCCUUGUGGAAAGAUCAGAGGGGCCAAGAUUUCAUGAUGGAAAAACCAUUUUGAUAAAUGUAUAGAUGGCCUGCCUGUAUCUGGAUGGAUAUUUUGUUAGCUUCCAACUUUGAAUCUAUUUCACAUAAGAAUGUAUAUAAGGAUUGUAUCUAUGUUAAUUAAAACCAUAUUGUGCCGUAACUGAAUGGAAAACUAUGGUUGAGUUGAGUU